UUUGUAGUUAACAAUCGGUAUUCGUAAUAAUCGGUCGUGUUUCAGUGUUCUAGAAAUUGUUCGACAUAAAUAACGAUAUGCUCUUGUGAAUUCGUAGCAUUAAUUUGGAAGGAAGCUAUUCAAGUCGUCUACAUGGAUCCAUCAAGAUUCGAAGAUGGCGACCCCGUGCAAUUCGACUUCUCAGAGCAAACGAUACGGAAGGCAUUUAUUCGAAAGGUAUACUCCAUACUUAUGUGUCAACUGCUCGUUACAAUGGGAGUCAUUGCUCUAUUUGUUUUCCACGAACCGACAAAGCAGUUCGUGAGAAGCAACACUUAUCUAUUUUGGAUAGCACUCGUCGCAACGUUCGUCUGUCUGAUAGCCAUGGCGUGUUGUGAUAACGUGCGAAGAACCACACCGAUGAAUUUUAUCUUCUUAUUCAUUUUCACGCUGGCGGAGAGUUUCCUAUUGGGCGUCGCUUCUAGCACAUACGAUGCCAACGAGGUGUUCAUAGCUGUGGGCAUAACAGCUGCAGUGUGUCUAGGAUUGACACUUUUCGCUUUCCAAACAAAAUGGGACUUCACCAUGAUGGGCGGAGCGCUCGUCGCCGCGACCAUGGUGCUUCUAGUGUUUGGGUUGAUCGCAAUUUUCAUACCGCGGAGCGACAUAGUUCGCCUGGUGUACGCUUCCUUAGGAGUGCUGCUCUUCUCAAUGUAUCUAGUCUACGACACGCAGCUGAUGAUGGGCGGUAAACACAAGUACAGCAUCUCACCCGAGGAAUAUAUAUUCGCAGCUCUCAACCUGUACUUGGAUAUUGUUAACAUAUUUCUGUAUAUUUUAACCAUUUUGGGUGCAUCGCGGUGAUGCAUUUUGUACAGUACGCUUUAUAUCGCAAGUGAGAAAAACAUUAUAGGUGUAGGUAAAUUUAAAUAAAUGUAGUAAUUAAUAAUUCAAAUAACUAAAACAACACGCUUUAAUGAUAGAAUAAACUAAAUUUUCUGACUAACUCUUAUACAGAGUAGGAGGGAGAUCAUUUAAUCCUGAAGAGUCUAAUCAAUACAAUAAGAUAUGCCCAUGAAAUUACUGUAUUGUUAUCGAUACUUGAUAAGUGCAUAAAGUUUGAAUGAAAUCUGAAAGUGGAGUGGUUAAAUAAAACUUAAAGCGUCGGUUACAUACUAACUAACAGAAAAAGUUAAUAAAAGCGUCUUUAAAGGGUUAUCACUACCAUAUACCAAUUUAUCCAACUAUGCCAAGACUACAUUGUUAGUUUCAAAAUGCCUUACAUCAGGAUCAUGUGAAAGUAGCAAAUCUUAUUAUUAAAUACUAAUUAUUCAUAUCAUGUACAAUGCUAUCAAUGAUAUUGUUAUUAGUUAUUAUUACUACCUCAUACGUGUCCUUCAAUAUAGAUAAAUACCAAAUAAAAAAAUGUUAUUUAAUACAAGAUUCUAUAUUAGAUAUCUAGUAAUAUAAUGCACGUAAACGUUACUUAUAUUUACCGUCACGUAUUUAUUUUCAUAUCAAAUUAGUAUACAAACCAAAGUUCUUUUGAAGUUGUGUGCAUGAUAGGGUGUUUUGUUAUCUAAUUUUACUUGUACUCGGGGCUCAUUUCAGUUUUAUUUACGUCUAAUUCAAGCUCUCUAAUAUCACUUCAUGAAGGAACAUUAUGCCAGACAGAAUAAUAAGCACAGUUAUGCCCUGCGAUUUCAGUAGCGGAUAAAAUGGAGCGUGAAAUCAUUCAUCAACAACUCUAAUAGAAGAGUUGUUUUUUGAUAAAACAUCACUGGCAAUCGUAG